UUCUAUAAAGGCCCGCCGGCCGGCAGGAGCACCUUUCAGUUGAGAUCCCACAAGCCAUGAGUUCGGUUCCGUCAUACUCUCAUCUUCCACUCCUCCUCCUCCUCCUGGCCAUCGCGACCUUGGGCGAGGUCCAAUCCAGUCGGCUUCCGGCGGAGGUGGGCUCCCAGCCACACAGCAUCUCCCUGCGGCGGAAUGGCGUCCAUGUGUGCGGAGGAGCUCUGAUCCGCGAAAAGUGGAUUCUCACCGCUGCUCAUUGCGUCAGUUUGGGCGGCGGACAGCAGAGCUACCCAGUUCCUUCCUACGACGUGCGAGUGGGCAGCAUACAGCGUCUGGCUGGUGGUCAACUGGUGCCCCUGUCCAAUAUCAUAAUCCACCAGAACUACUCCAGCUCGGACGCAGUUGGCUCUAAUGACUUGGCCCUGCUGGAGCUGCACUCGCCGGUGGUCCUGAAUGCGAACACGAAACCCAUUGAGUUGGCCACCGCGCGACCAGCGGCGGGAUCCCAGAUCACCUUCUCCGGCUGGGGAUCCAGCCAGAUGGACGGUUCGCUCAGUCAUGCCCUUCAGGUGGCCACCAGGCAGAGCCUGAGUGAGGCCGAUUGCCAGAAGGAGCUGUUCCUGGAGGUGGAUUAUCUGCUCUGCUUGUCCCCGGUGGCCGAUGACUUCGCCGGACUCUGUUCCGGUGAUGCCGGAGCUCCUGCGUCUGCCAACAACCAAUUGGUGGGCAUUGCCGCCUUCUUCGUGAGCGGAUGUGGUACCGAGCAGCCCGACGGCUACGUGGAUGUGACCCAGCAUCUGGAGUGGAUCAACGCAAACGCCGUUUAAAUAAAACCGAGCGGUAGAUGGGGAUUAUGUGGGUGCGGGCAUGAUAGUGAUAAUGGCAUAUGAAUACAUCAUAUUUUAACACUUAUUUUAACUUUCAUGACCCACUUAAAAUAGUUUUUUUGUUUCGUACUAAGUUUACUGGGAAGUUUAAGUUUACCAAACCUCAGUUUUAUACCUCUGUCAAAAAAUACAACUGAACCAGAUUUUGUAUAUAUUUGUACCCAAAGUGGUCAGGUAAAGUAGUGAUUUCCGGUUUUGAUUUACACUCGACAAUCUUUCCUAUUACAACACUUUUUCUUGAGUGCGUUUAAGAUAAAGGAGGUUUUGCUUUCUCUGAUAUAAAGUAAUUCUGUACAAAAUAUUACAAACCUUAAUUGCUAUCAGCAUUUUGGCUUAUGGUGUUAUAUAUUUAUACCUGACUCAGCAAUCAUUGAAUCCAGGCAAUAAUUUACGACCUAAUCGUUCAUAAAACGAUAAACGUUUUAAAAGAUUUCUAAUAAAGCUCCUAUAAGUAUGCCACGAAA